UCUGCCUCACUGUCUUCUUGGAGUACUGUGUACAGGACGAAGCCACGUUAACACAAAAACAGGGGUUUGGGUGGGUUUUUAUUUUUUCAAGUGAGCUUAAACCCGGAGCUUUCAUCAGAACAGAGUUUACUGUUAAAUGCUGAGAGGUGUAAAGAGUAAACAGGAUGAGUGUAGGCUUCAUUGGAGCAGGUCAGCUGACCCAAGCAUUGGUGAAGGGCUUCACUGCAGCAGGUGUAAUUGCGGCUCACCGGAUUACGGCCAGUUCUCCAGAUACAGAUCUGCCGACAGUGUCCGGGCUCAGGAAAAUGGGCGUGAACUUCACAACCAGCAACAAGGAAACGGCAUAUAAGAGCGACGUCCUGUUUUUGGCUGUCAAGCCUCAUAUUAUUCCUUUCGUCCUGGACGAAAUUGGACCCGAUAUUGAAGACAGGCAUCUCAUCGUAUCCUGUGCUGCCGGGGUCACCAUUGGCUCCAUUGAGAAGAAAUUGCUCCAGUACCGUGCUGAGCCUAAGGUGAUGCGCUGCAUGACUAACACCCCAGUGGUGGUGCGUGAAGGGGCUACGGUAUAUGCCACAGGCACACAUGCUGAUGUGGAGGACGGGAAGCUUCUGGAGCAGCUGAUGGCCAGUGUGGGAUUCUGCAGGGAGGUGGAGGAGGAUCAGAUUGACGCUGUUACAGGACUCAGCGGCAGUGGGCCAGCUUACGCUUUCACGGCUCUUGAUGCUCUGGCUGAUGGCGGUGUGAAGAUGGGUCUGCCCAGGAGGCUGGCUGUGAGACUGGGAGCGCAGGCGCUGCUUGGUGCUGCUAAAAUGCUCCUGGAUUCAGAGCAGCACCCAGGCGAGUUGAAGGACAAUGUGUGCUCACCAGGGGGCGCCACCAUCCACGCCCUGCACGUCCUGGAGAGUGGUGGCUUCCGGAGCCUUCUCAUUAAUGCUGUGGAGGCUUCAUGUGUCAGGACCAGGGAACUGCAGUUUCUCGCCGAUCAGGAGAAAAUCUCUCCUGCUGCUAUUAAGAAGACCACGCUGGACAAGGUGUUGCAGCAGCCUGGCGUCUCUGCUAACACAGUCGGAACCAGGAGCAGAGUCAACAUGUUCAACAACAGGAGCGGAAUUAAGAAAGUCUAAGGAAUGUUUUUUAUAUAAGUACACACACAUGUACUCUCCUUCACUUUAUUCGCUCCUUUGGACACAGACAGAUGUUAUUCCAAUUAUUCAGAUCAAUUUUGAACAGAGUAGUUUGGCAUAACUGUACACAUGCACACAUAUUCUCUCUCUCUCUCUCUCUCUCUCUCUCUCUCUCUCUCUCACACACACGCACAGCGUCUCAGACUAAAAUGAACAGAAGUGCAUUUCCAGAAUGCUGUCUAUCGCCUCGUGCCUCCCUGCAGCAGCAGACAGUUCGUUUGCUCCCUUGGGAGUAGCAUCAGGAGUUACAGGCAGCAGAUGCUACAUGAUAUUAUCAAUUUUUUUUUCUUAAGUACCUCCCUGUCCUUUUUUAUUUAAAAAAAAAAAAUCCCCGGUGAUUUGUUUUGUCAUCUACAUAUUUGUAAUAUUUAAAUCAAGUAUUCCCGUUUUAACGUUUGGGCCUAAAACCAAAAUCAUUUGAAGUAUGUUUGCACUUUUCCAAGCGCUCUAUUUUAGCACACAAUAAUUUUAUCUCUGUUUUUAUUUGUGCUGCACGGUGAAUCAUUGUCGUGACUCACCACGCCUACCCUUCAGGAUUCUUGAGUUGAGUUUGAAUUUCUUCAUCUGUAGAAGGAAGUGAAGGUGCAAAAGUCAUGUGUGGUCUUUUUUUGUGCAACGUCUUGUCUGCUUUCUAGUUGCUGUAGGACGCUUUGUAAAGCUACGAAUCAAGUUAUUUAAAAAAAGCAGCGCAUUCAGUAGUCACUUGAAAACAUCCUUGAUGUGAAUUGUCUGAUUUAAUUGGCUUUAUAUUUGAAGGUAUUUUUGAAAGUAAAGGAAGAAACCUAGUCAUGUUUUCAAUCAGAAGGAAUUCCAGUAUGUUGUAAAGAAUGAAACCGCCUCCGCUUCCUGCAAGCCUGAAUUCAAAGAUGCUGAUUCUAAUAAAGAAACACCUUUUUAUUUGGA